AUGAAGGUGGAGAAGAAAGGCAUCUUGUUAGACAGCGUGCGUAUACAUCUUCGGGCUGUAUACAGGAACUCAGGAAGCUCAAGACAAAGAAGAAGAAGGCGCGUGCAAAAAGGCCAUGAGGGAGUUGGUCCAGAGCUCGAUCGAUCGAUCACAGCUCAUCUCCGUUCUACUGUACAACUCACUUUAUACCCAAUCCUAGACGACCUUCUUCUCUGCAAUGGAAGCACAGCUUCUUGGCAGUGCGAUUCCCGAUUCGUCAAGCCUGCCAGCGUCAUUUCCCAGGUAUCUGUUGUAUGCAUGAUCUGUGCGCUGAUCGUGCACUCCUUUGCUGCAAUUAUCUCAUUCCUCGCAGCCUUCGCGCUUAUCCGAUAUAAGCUCAAGGAAGCAAAGAAGGAGGAGCUCAAAGUUGAGGGUUUCGCCUACGCGUCGCCUAUCUCUGCCGAAGCACAAUCUAUCGCUCAAGAGGGAACGGAUGAUGAGCCAUCUUGCUCGGACCCUAAACUUUCGAACCACCCUAGCACCGUGGACCUAGCUGAUCCUACCUUUCCACCUAUUCUGUCCUAUCACUACACCCCCAUCAACUUCCCCAUUUUCGCCACAGAUCCACAUUUAGAACAAGUUGGUCCAUUCCGCACGCGUCAGCCUCCCACCGGCUUGUUGGAACGUGCACAUACAUUGUGCAUAUCAAUGGCCACUGUGGGCUUCAUUCUCAUCAUGAUUGGGAUCGUAUUUUGGGCUUGGGCGCAGUUGUCCAUAAGUGUCUCUGUGGCGGCGACUGCAGCAGUGGUAAUGUGUACUGGGCCGGCCGUGGGGAUCUUGUUCUUCGGAGCGUGA